CUUGUCCUUGGAGAAGGGGCAAGGCGCCUCCAUGUUUCGGCAGCCUUCAACGCCAAAGCCAAGGUGGCCAUGAGCCGCUUUGAGCCUGGCACCAGCAUCAGCUAUGAGAAGCUGCAUGAGAACAUCGACAUUGUGCGCAAGAGGCUCAAUCGCCCCCUCACCUUGUCGGAGAAGAUUGUGUACGGUCACCUGGAUGACCCUGUGGGGCAGGACAUUGCCAGGGGCCGCACUUACCUGCGUCUGCGUCCGGACCGUGUGGCCAUGCAAGACGCCACGGCCCAGAUGGCCAUGCUACAGUUCAUCAGCAGCGGCCUGCCCAAGGUGGCCGUGCCCUCAACCAUCCACUGUGACCACCUGAUUGAGGCGCAGAUCGGAGGCGUCGAGGAUCUAAAGAGGGCCAAGGAUGUGAAUCAGGAGGUUUACAAUUUCCUGGCGACAGCUGGAGCCAAAUAUGGGGUUGGCUUCUGGAAACCAGGCUCUGGAAUCAUUCACCAGAUAAUUCUAGAGAACUAUGCCUACCCAGGAGUCCUGCUCAUUGGCACAGACUCCCACACACCUAAUGGGGGCGGCCUGGGCUCCAUCUGCAUCGGAGUGGGUGGUGCUGACGCUGUGGACGUCAUGGCUGGUAUCCCAUGGGAGCUCAAGUGUCCCAAUGUGAUUGGAGUGAAGCUGACAGGUAGUCUAUCGGGCUGGACUUCUCCCAAGGAUGUUAUCCUGAAGGUGGCUGGGAUCCUGACAGUGAAGGGGGGCACUGGAGCCAUCGUGGAGUACCAUGGCCCAGGCGUCGACUCCAUUUCCUGCACCGGUGAGGCCAAAAGAUAUGAAGCCCAUAUCAACGGGCUCACUCUUGACUGGCCCACCUCAGUGUCUGAAUUGUUCGAUCCUGAGACUGACUACCUCACCGCGGCCAAUGGUGAGAAAUUCAAGUUGGAGCCACCCAAUGGCGACGAGCUGCCUGCCCGUGACUUUGACCCCGGCCAGGACACCUACCAACACCCCCCUGCRGAGAGCGGCUCCAUUAUGGUGGACGUUAGCCCCACCAGCACCCGCCUGCAGCUGCUGGAGCCCUUUGACAAGUGGAACGGCAAGGACCUUGAGGACCUGCAAGUGCUGAUCAAGGUGAAAGGCAAGUGCACCACAGACCACAUCAGCGCCGCUGGCCCCUGGCUCAAGUUUCGCGGUCACCUCGACAACAUCUCCAACAACAUGCUCAUUGGAGCAAUCAAUAUUGAGAACGACGCGGUCAACAAGAUCAAGAACCGGCUGACGGGAGAGUACGGGGGCGUGCCUGACGUGGCUCGCCACUACAAGGCUAACGGUCUGUCGUGGGUGGUUGUGGGGGAUGACAACUACGGGGAGGGCUCGAGCAGAGAGCACGCAGCCCUGGAGCCCAGACACCUGGGAGGCAGGGUCAUCCUUGUCAAGAGCUUUGCCAGGAUCCACGAGACRAACCUGAAGAAGCAGGGCAUGCUGCCCUUGACCUUUGCCGACCCCACCGACUAUGACAAAAUCCGCCCCGAUGACAAGAUCUCCAUCACAGGCCUCGCAACCUUUGCCCCCGGKAAGCCCCUGAAGGGAGUGGUGAAGCACGGUGACGGCAGCCAGGACAUCAUCACCCUGAACCACACCUUCAACGAGAACCAGGUUGAGUGGUUCCGCGCCGGCAGCGCCCUCAACAGGAUGAAGGAGCUUCAGUAACUGAAGGGACCCAGGGGGGUUCGGAGGGGCGGAGGAGCACAGAGAGAGGCGGACCUGGAGAUACUGAGGGGGAGGGGCUGCAUAGACGUGGGAAAUGGGCGGUAGCAGCCUGCAUAGCGUAAACACACACCCCAUGCUGCUGUACAGAUGAAAUGCUUGCGCACACAUACAGGAUUACUGUCAAAGCUCUCCCCACAGACAGGUAGAGCUGUAUACGCACACACAAGCUCUGACAUAACACACACAAGAACCCUUGUCUUUGUUUCAGCAUAGCAUUUAAGUGUUCCCGUUCUAGGCAGCACUGCUCUUGUUGGCAGUCCUCCGUUUGUGUAAUCACGUUUGUCACGCUUCUUGCUAUUGACUGUAGUGCUGCAGUAUUCAAUUCACUCUUACCUCACAAACACACUGCUAGCUCUCCAUAUCUGGUCUGUAGCUUGAAUCCUUCUCACGUUCCUUUCCCUGUCUUAGUUGUUGUGUUAAGCUGUGUACCUGGACCACCACUUGUUUCCUCCAAUACAGACAGAGCUGGUUAACACAGUUGCACAUUUUAAUUCACUGAAUGUAUCCCUCUCAUUCCCAGGAUUUCCAACUCUUGUUAGUUCACUAUUGCUGCUGGUAAAGAUUAAUGUGAAUAUUUGUUUAGGUAAGUCCACCAUAGUUCUAGUGGGCCUCAGGAGCUGCACAUUUUUCCUGUGACUGACCUGAAUUGAUCCGUUUUAGUUGUUGAUUAGAGAGCAAGUCGCCUAACCUGGUUACCCAGGCCUAAUAACUGUUCACAUAGUAGAUUAAAGGCAUCAAUGGAACCAUUAGAUUAUGUGGCUCCAGGACCAGGUUGUAGUGACAAGGUCAAUCCUUCUGCAGAGUGUAGUGUAUGCAUGGACUUUGUUUUGUAGGGUUUUCCUUUUCUGGUGUUUCUCUUGACCCAAAAUCAAUUUUAACCCACGGAAUUUGGUGUACCGUUUGUCACUCUGCAUUCCACACUUUAAAUCUCUACCGCUGUUUUCUCCACAUGCUCCAUUUGUUUCUACUUGAGGGCUAUUGCAUGAAAUUAUAUUAGAUCCUAGCAGCCCUUUUCUGUGUGUCUCUGUAGGUGGGAGUAAAAUGCUACAUACUGCUGUGUUGUACUAGUCUUGCCAUUACUUUCCAUGUGCGUGAUUAGCUAGCUAAUCAGACCAUUGCCUGUCCAUAUCCCUGUCUGGCUUGGUGCUGCCCCUCUGUCCUUGCUAAUUCCAGGGCUCCACGCACAGCUUGAGGGACCUCCUCUUACAAAAUGAACGCACAAUCUAGUGUCCAGACGGCUGUACACUAGCGCUAUAUGUAGUAGUAUUGUAGACACUCAUCCACGCUUUCACUUAUGCAUCGCAAAUGCUGCACUCCAUAGCAUCUUAAAGCAAGGGUGUGAUUUUUCAUUUGAAAUAACAGAAUACAAUGACAAAUGUAAUUUGAGAAAUGUAUACCAUUAUCUGAUUCAAGUUAUUACAUUUGGCUAAAACUCUUGCCAUUUUGUAUCUACAUUUUGCCACUUAAAUGGUACAUUGUGUGUUUGAGGAUAUUGCAGCUAAGUCUUAUAAAGUGUGACUGUUUAAGUUGGCUUUGGGGGGCCAUGACCACCUAUUCGUUGUCUUCUCGUCACUAAGUACUAAUUUACUUUAAAGUAAGUUCUAAUCAAAGUAUUCAUGGGAAUACUUUGGAGAUUGGACUGGCCACUUCCAUUAAAUCCAUUGGUCAUGGUGCCAAGAUGAUUAAUGUUGCUAUCAAAUCAACAUUUGUUUUCAUGUCAGUUUAUUUUGCUUAUCAAUGAUGAACUGAAGAGCUAACUAUCUCAGUUUUUGUAGUUGCAGUAGGGUGUAAUGAAAGUAGAAACGCAAUGCCUAUUUUUGUCCACUAGCAUAUGGUCUUCAUUGACAAUCUAUUCAGAUGAAUAGCAAUGGCUCUGUUAAACCCAAAUGUAUUUAAAGGAACUUGGUUUGGGCCUGUGUGUAAAUCAUGUAAUAUAGAGGUGUACAUAUGCACUAUGUAAAAUGGAGAGAGGGUGGGCAGUAGCUGCCUGGUUGAAUGCAGAGCCUUUUGUUCUCUGAUAAACCCACUGUAACAAACUAAUCAUUUAAUCUCAUCAAUUAUCUUUUAUUAAACUGAAGCCUAAAAUAGUUUAUCCAUUUCCCCCCUCCCCAAUCUAAGGGUUUCACAACUAGUCAAACCAAUAAACAGGUGGUUGGAGGUUUUAAAUGAAAGGUAAAUUAUUGUUCAAGCAUUAAAGUAGGGUUGUACUGUACGUCUCAAUGUUUUGUCACUCUUGGACCUGUGCUGUACAGUGGUCCGUCUUUGUAUGUUGCACACUGGUGUGCACCCAGGUGAAUGUUGGAGUUGUCAAUGUAAAGGGAGCGACUGGUCAGGUGAGACAUGCCUAGGUUUUGUUUUAAAGUUAUUUGAUGCAGAUGAAGGAACCCCUGAUUUGAAACAGGAUUGGCUCCAGAUCAUGCAACUUUAACCCAUGUAUGCGGUUUAGAGACCAUUAACCAACUUGUUAUACACUGUCAUAAUCAAUACUAAUUCGUCAUUUGCUCAACCUUAACUUUGCUAACACGUUGCUGAUGAAUUCUCUCUGAUCUGUCUACUGAAGUUAAUCACCAAAGAUGCCUCAUGAAAAUGCCCCAUUUACAUACUAAAACAAACAUAAGUGUUGUUACAAAGGUUUGCCAUUCUGUUUCAUUUCUUCAUGUCAAUGAACCCCAUGUUUGAGUAUGAAGAUGACCAGUGUAAUGCCAGCAGCAUUUAAGUUUGUCAAUUGUGUGGCUUUUAAUAAAGAAAUUCUUAAAUUCACAAGUAUUUAAUGCAGUCUCUAAAUGGAACUGUUCCUUUGUACAUUGUAAUUCAUAAGGAUAACAGCCACCCAUGAAGCAGGCUGCUUAUACUGUGAUGUAAUAUACAAUAUGUUGAUCCCUGGUUCAAAUCUGUGAGUUUCUGAAAUGCUACUGUAACGUGACAAAGCAAAUGCUUAGCUCAUUUUAAGUUGUCUUCAGUAAAUCCAAAACCUGAACUGCUUUGUUUUAUUGGCCUAGCUAUUUCUUUUCCAUUUUGAAACACUGUCAAUGACUGACUUCAUAAGAAUGCUAAUUUUGUUCAGACACUGCAAACAAUUAAAUGUAGAAACCCAUUGAUGGGCAUUAUUCAAUUUAAUGUAAUCUCAAGUGGUUAAUUCCGCUUGACUGAUUUCCAUAUUUGUUUUGAUUUUUAAAGUUUGUUUUGUAUUAGAUUUGAAUGCUUGGAGUUUCAUAGCGUACAAGAUUAAAAAGAGAUUUUAGGAUA